AUAAGUAAUAAAAUAUUAUUUUCUAUUUAACUAGUAUAAUUAAUUAAUAAUGUACAUGCUUUAUAUGCUUUUAUUGAUCAUUUGCCUUAACGCAAAACUAAUCACAUCCGAGAGCGCGUGCGGAGAAGGUUGGGACGCAUUUCACGACGAGUACUACGACAUAUGCUACAAAUAUUACCCAGGUGCUUUGGGAGACUACGCAAUAGUGGCCACGGCUUGUCGGGGAGAAUUGGAGUCAUCCCUGCCUACAAUUAAUUCGCAAGAUGAGCAACUAUUUCUUAACAAGCUCAUUAACAAAUACAAAAUAGUGGACAGCGUAUGGCUCGACGCCGGCGUCAAAGACAAACACAUCGUAUGGACGGACAGUACGAGUGCUGACUACGAGAAUUGGAUACCCGGCCGACAAAUUAAUAAUAGUAAUUGUGUGGAAAUGGUAACCGACCAUGCUCACAUUGGACAGUGGCUAGAUGAGCCAUGUAACAAGAAAAAUGCUUACUUAUGCAAGCGAGUAGUCAUGUGGUCGGGUCAACGUACAGAGCGUUUGAUCAGGGACAAUAGGCGAGUAUUAGAUAACUACAUGAAGCAUACUACUAUUUUAUUAAACUCGGCUAUUGCUAUAAUUGAGCAUUUGCUAGUCGCUCAGCAAGAUACUGACGCUAAAAUGGCCUUGUUGGAACAAACUAAAGUGCCCAUUGGGUUUAUAUAUACACAAUUGCCCGACCAGGCUGAUCCCAAAACCCUAUGGCCCGCAUACACGUGGUCAGAUGUGACGGCCACAUACGCGGGUCAGUUUUUCCGGGCUGAAGGGUCAGGCAGUCUAGCGUUUGGUAAAGGUGUUCGGGCGGAAAAUGCACCUAGAUUGUCAAACGUACAUUACGAGAGCACAGUUGACUACGCGAAAGACAUUGAGCUAAUACCCGGUGAUUGGAGUAAAUAUAUUUAUUCCGGUUCCGAGAUUACUGGUGCGACCGACUAUUUCCUAAAGUUUUGGAUGACCGAAGUCACGCUUAGCAACUCUGAAGGAGUUUGUGGCGAUGGUUGGGACUUAUUUCACGACGAUUACUACGACAUAUGCUAUCAAUAUCAUUCAGGUGUGGCUGAAUAUCACGAUAUGGUAAAGUUCUGCAAAUCAAUCCAGGAUUCAUCUCUACCAACAAUUAAUUCAAAGGCUGAGCAAGAUUUUUUAAACAACAUGAUUGUCAAAUAUAAAAUGGUAGACAAUGUAUGGCUCGACGCCGGCGUCAAAGACAAACACAUCGUAUGGACGGACAGAAGUAGUGGUGAAUACGAGAAUUGGAUGUCCGGCCGACCCGUUAAAGAUAGCAACUGUGUGGAAAUGUUAGUUGAUGAGAUUAAUCGUGGUAAAUGGGCGGAUGAACCUUGUACAAAGAUGAAUGGUUACAUAUGCAAGCGUGUGGUAUUGUGGUCGGAUCAAGAAACUGAGCGUUUGAUCAGAGACAGUCGCCGGAUAUUAGAUGCGACUGUUCAGAGAAUUACUCAAUUGGAGCAUAAUCAAGUACCAAUUGGUUUUAUAUACGUACAAAUGCCCAGUCAGGCAGACCCCAAAACAUUGUGGCCGGCAUACACGUGGUCAGACGUAACGGCCGCAUACGCGGGUCAAUUUUUCCGGGCCGAUGGUGGCGGUAGCCAAGGGUUUGGUAAGGGAGUCCAGGGUGAAAAUGCACCGAGAUUCGCAUCAAUACAAAGGAAAGAUGGCGGUCCUAUGACGGGAUACUCAUUAGAUAUGAGACCUGGUGUGUGGAGCGACUGGAUUUUUUCAGGUGCAGAUGGUAAUAUCAAGAUUUAUAAUCGCUAUUUAAUGUCCGGGGGUGAAGUGCGACCCAUAAACCAGGCAAUUCGCAUAUUUAAGCGCACCACUUGA